CUCUCUCUCUCUCUCUCUCUCUCUCUCAGUGUUUCUCUCUCUAUCUUUCUGUCUUUCUGUCUUUUUGUUUUCACUUCCACCGGUCCAUCAUCCUCUCUCUGCUGAGCGUUGGCCUUCUACAUCUUGAGGAGGAGCUUUUUCUCCUUUCCCUCUUAGAUUUUCCUUCUAAAUCUCUUGGGAUUACUUUCUCAUUUGGCCAAAAUGCAGACCAUCCGCAGUGAAUGAGAUCAUUGCGACUCUGAUUCUUCCACCCACUUUGUUUCUCAGGGCUGUUGCGAGCCAUUACUGCUUGUGAUCUUUGCCUGGGGAAUUAAUGAUGAUUUUCUUGAAGAUUCUGGGAUUCUUACGCGUUUUGUGGGUUGUGAUUCUGGGUCUUCCUGAGUUUCUCAUUCUGGGUUUUUGAGGCUGUACACUUCCGCCAUUGCAGCAGGAAAAAAAAAAAAAAAAAAAAAGCCAAGCUUUACUCUGAAGUUUUGGGGCUGCUCUCAAAAACCCCAGUACGAAUCUUUCUCAUCCGUACGGAAAUCAGGUAUUUUCGGUUGGCCUCCUCUGCUAAAAUAGUGAGAACUCCAUAUGGGUUAUUGAUUUUGGUGCUGAAUCUACGUUAUUUUGCUUCUGAUUUGUUGAAAACCCGGUGAAAAAAAAAAAAAAAAUUCGAGCUUUUGCUAUUUGACCGUGUAUUGGGAGAGUUUUCAUGGGUGCUUUAAUUUCUAUUUACCACACUUCUUGUCGAGGAGAAAUAUGGUGAAGAUUCUGGGUUUUGAAUUCCUUUGAGAAAUGAGGUGCCAAAAAGAUUCCUGUUUGUUGUUUGUGUAUGGUCUUUGAGAGGAGCUUUCUUUUUACAGGGAUUCCAAAAGGGAAAAGUUAUAACCUGAGGAAGAGCAUAAGGAAUUGCAACGGUUGAAACAUUCAAAGCUGCUUUUUAAUAUCUCGUCCCUCUCAGAUUCAGAGAGAAUAUAUUAUGUAUUUUUUUCUUUAAUCUACUAUCCGUUGUUUCCGUUUAUUAGUCGCAAAACGUGGCUCCAAGUAUGUUUUUAGGAGGCUGAGACCAGAAGAUUGGAAGCGUGCUUUGAAGAGCUUUAUUGUGAAUUUCCGUUGUUAUUUUUUGGAUCUGAGCAAUAUUUUUAUAUAUAGAUAUUGCUGUUAACUAUCUGGGCUAUAUACUCUUGGGAUUUUGCUAGCUCCGAUUUGAGUGGCAUUGUGCUGAAGUUUCAAAACCUCUAAAAGCAUCGAUGGGGCUUCUUGGUCGAAGUCUCGCGAUGCUUUUUCUUCUGAUUUGUUUCUCAUGGCUGCCUGAUCUCAAUGCACAAUCUACCAAUGGGUCUUCAAUAAGCAAUGCCCGAGCUCUAGAUGCACUUCUUCAAGAUUAUGCUUACAGGGCUUUUCGUCAUCCCAAAACUGGCAUUCCAUUCGAUGGGGCUGUUCCGUCGAAUUUGACUGGAAUUAAGGUUUCAGGCAUGAGAUUAAGGAGUGGUAGUUUAUACAGGAGAGGUGUAGAUAUGUACAAAGAGUUUAAGAUUCCCACUGGUGUCACUGAGAGUCAAUAUGUAGAGAGGCUUGUUUUAGUGUACCAAAAUUUGGGCAAUUGGUCUGAGACUUAUUACCCUUUAGUUGGUCACACUUAUGUAGCUCCAGUGCUUGGUCUUCUUGCUUAUGAUGCUUCAAACUUAUCAGCGACAAAUUUACAAGAACUGGAUAUUAGGGCCUCCUUAGCUCCCAUAUCGAUCAUAUUUCCGGAUGUAAAAGCAGCCCCUUCUGGGAUUGUGGCAAAGUGUGUUCGGUUUGACUUAAAUGGAUCAGUCAAUUACAGCGGUUUGCUACCAGGCAAUACAUGCUCAACCGUGCAACAGGGGCAUUUCUCUAUAGUGUUUGAGUCUAUUGCUCCUUCUCCACAGCCGGUCUCUCCAAGUCCUACACCAAAUGUGGCUCCUCCACCUGGUAAAAGAGAGGAGAAGAAUAAUUCAAAAAUAUGGAUAAUCAUUGGGUCUGUGGUGGGUGGAUUAGCAUUGCUUGUAUUGUCAGCAUUUUUGGUACUAUGGGUGCAGAAGUAUAAGCAGAGGAAGAAAAUGCAACGGAUGGAGAGGGCUGCAGAGGUAGGAGAAGCCUUGCAUAUGACCUCCGUUGGGAAUACCAGGGCACCUGCAGCAACGGGGACUCGAACACAACCAGUCCUUGAGAGCGAAUUAGUGCCUUGAUUCCUCACCAUUUAUACAACCUUUCCACUGCAGUCAGUCCAGCUGCCACAAUUCACAUUCAAAAAAACAAAAAAAAAAAAGAAAGUUCAAACUCCCGUAUUCAAGAAAUUCUUCAAAUCACACCUGUUUUUGGUGGUGUUUUCCAUUUCCCUUUUUUACUUUUUUUUUCCCGUUCUUUCUUAGGGCUCUUCAUUUAGUGUGGUAAUAUAGCAUUUUUGUGUACAUCUAUUAUGGCUCACAAAACCUUCCCUAUAGUUCUAUGAUUCAUUUUGUGUUGUGAACGUAGCCAAAAAGUGAUUCUAUUUGUGAUGAAUUCUAGUUGUUUCAUUGACAAGGAAUAAAAAAAGUUUAUAUCC